GGGAGCGGGGAGGGUUUCCACCACCCGCCGCCGAUCCUCGAUUCUUCGACAACCCCAAGAGGAGGCAGUGGCCAGAGGAAGGCGGGCGUCGAACGUUCGACAAGAUGGGGAAGACUCGUGGUAUGGGAGCUGGGCGCAAGCUCAAAACUCACAGGAGGAGGCAGAGAUGGGCAGACAAGGCAUACAAGAAAAGUCAUCUCGGCAACGAGUGGAAGAAGCCCUUUGCUGGUUCUUCGCAUGCCAAGGGUAUUGUUCUUGAGAAGAUAGGAAUUGAAGCCAAGCAGCCCAACUCCGCUAUCCGAAAGUGUGCUAGAGUCCAGCUGAUAAAGAAUGGGAAGAAAAUUGCAGCCUUUGUUCCUAAUGAUGGUUGCUUGAAUUUUAUAGAAGAAAAUGAUGAAGUCUUGAUUGCUGGAUUUGGAAGGAAGGGCCAUGCCGUAGGUGACAUUCCUGGAGUAAGGUUUAAGGUUGUGAAGGUUUCUGGUGUGUCCCUGUUGGCCCUAUUCAAGGAAAAGAAGGAGAAGCCUCGGUCUUAAUAAUGGAUCUGCUAGAGUUUCCAGAUGAACCAUUGUUUGGCUCCAUAUUAUGCACUUAGUUCUAUAUGACUCUUUCUAUAGUUACUGAUGAACUGCUUUUGAAGACGUGUUUUUUUAUGGUUAUUCAUCCUUUAGCACUUACCCUCUU